AUUUAUGACACUUCACCAAUCUUCCCCACAAAUCUUUUCCAUUUUCCCAAAACCCUCACUAACAUGCGCCAUUCUUCUACUAAAAUGAACCAACCUCCAUAACCUUUCAAUGGCUUCCUUCAACCACCCCCAUCCUCUUCAACUCCACUUUUUCCCUCCAAAAUCCAACACUCUCACAUCCAAAACCUUCGUAUUCUUCCCCAUAACACCUUCUAAACUCAAACACUCUCCAAUCUCCCUCACCGCACGCGCCGCUAGCACGCCGCCGCCGCCGCUGCCGGAGACACAGCAAUACAUUCUCGAUAUUCUUGAUGGUGAAGAUGUGAAGUCUAUACCGUGUGUGAGAACUUACGAGAAUGAUUUAGGUAGGUUAUCGGUUAUCGGAGAUGUUGAAUUGGAACAGGCGCUUACGGCCGCCGCCGCUGACGGCGGCGAAGCGGCGGAGGAACAUAUUGCUCAUGGUUUGGAUGUUAUGGUGGCGGAGACGGUGUUUCCAGGUCAUGCUGAUGAGCAUAGCACUAUCUCCACUAGACUGUUUUUGCCAUCUAGAAAAGUCAAAGAGAGAGCAAAAAGGCUCAAAAACUAUUUAACUAAAGAGGUUCUUUCGAGCACGACGUCUACGAAUAUACUCGCUAUGACAUUCCGCCAAGUGACUUUAAGGAAACUUUGGAAUUUUGAACUUCUUUUGUUUAGGCCCGGAACAACAAGAGAUAUGAACGAUCUUGUGAAUGCAAGAGAGGUUCCUGCUUCGUUCACCUUGAGUUCCUCAGAUGAAACAACGAUAUCCAUGCUUGCAGAAGUGAUAUCUGUUUCUGCACUUGAAAGCACCAAAAAGGACUUUCUCGAUAAUUCAUUAGGCGUAUCAUCAUAUAACAUUUUCCGUUUAUUUAAAAAAUCCGAAAAAGUUACAUCAAAAGACUCUUCGGUCAUCUUAUACAAAGUACUCGAAGAUGAAGUGGUAGAAAAUGCUAAAAGUCUUCUUGAAACAUUUAAUUCCAUGAAGGAAAGUUAUACGCCUCCGGAAACCUUGUUGAAGUUUAACUGGUGGCCGUUGUCGGCAAUUUCUAAGUUGGAGAAAAUCGGUGGUCAUGAAUUUGGUGCUUGGGUGACUGAAUAUGUUCCGGCUUAUAAACUGCAAAUUGAUAGUGAGAAAAUACGAGAUUUGAAGUUUGAAGGGUGGAGAGAAUUUGAUAAAAAUAGGUGGGAAGUUCUUCUUACCCACUCUCAAAUGGUAUGCUUGGCUAACAUUUUGGAUAUGUAUUAUGAGGAUUUAUUCACACUCCCGAAUAAGAAAGUGCCAUACAAUGCAGCUGCCAAGAUUACUAACAUGCACAUAAAAAAGAAAAGUAAUUCUUUGGUGAAAAUGCUAUCAACUAUCAUCAUAAGUGGAUGCUUCAUUGCUGCCAUUGGUGCAAUGGGUCGGGCUUAUUUUCCCAAUUUCCAAAACACGCAAAAGCAUAUCAGAGCAAAUCAACAGUCUCAGUCGUCACAUACUGAAUCAAUCCGUCUUUGGUCCAUGGAUUCAGCUAUGUUAGAAGACGUCUGCAUUUCAAUUGUCAAAAAAGUUCAGUCGGUGUACGGGUGGAGUGGAGAAAUAAGAAAAGAAAACGGUGGUGGUGUAUCCACGGGUCAACUCCCUGACUACAUGAGAAGACUCGUUCGCGUUGAUAAUGACGUCUCACAAGCUUCCAUUCCAACCAAUGACAACGAUCAAGAGUUAUUAGCAGCAUCUGGCCAUAAAAUUGCAAGUUAUCAGAUUGUAUUAUCAUCUGAAGGGAAAAUAGUCGGAUUCCAGCCCACGAGUCUUCUUGCUGUCAAUAAUUGGGCAUCAAACCCCUUGACUGAAGAGUUAUAUGGGAGGAAAAAACUCUCGCCCGGAUUCUUUGAACCCUCUCUGAAAAUCAAACGGCCGACAGAAGUGAUCCUUUUAGAGCUGGUGAUGUCGGAAGUUAGCGGGUCACAGUUUGUGUUGCUGAGACCGGUUAAUGUGCCUAAGGACGUUUAGGUGAAAAGUUAACAUAGUAUGCACCUACGGAGCUAAUCAACUGCAUAAACAUGAUUACAUUGUUUUUUAUUUUUACUUAUUAAUCUAGAUGUAUAUUGAGAUCAAAAUCUUCAUGUUUUUCAUUGUUUAGCCUUCAAUUUUGACGAUUUUAAUAAUUUUGGUUCUCAUUGUGGCAUUUGCCAAAGGGACUUCGAAUGGUUUAACCGUACAUAAACCGUAAUUUGUGAUCUUUUGUUU